AGCUGCAAGCUCGUGGCAAUGCAUCUUUCGAACGAGAGGGAGGGAGAACAGCAGCAGUCGUCUGGGCACUCAGCAAACUAUAGCAGUUGUCUGGGUGACAGCUACCUCGGCUCGACAGUUUAUGAGCGAGUAAAGAAUGAGAAGAGAGUGGACAGCGCAGGAGACUCACCCUAAAAAAACUUUGACAUGAAGAAGGAUAUUGAGACGCAGAUAGCAGAGGAACGGGCUGACAUCAUCUCCAAGUAUGACAAGAGGGAGAGAAACCAAAAAACCUACAGUCAUCUCAUGGGUAUUGAACCAGCAUCUGUAGCAACACAGCUUGCACUGCUAUGCAGUGACUUAAACCGGCGCGCCACUCAGGGGCUGUACAACGUGAUCGGUCUGGAGUGGGCUACAAUACUACAGGCAGGCAGGAGGGUGUCCACAUCGACCCCUGGGAGGAUACUGACUACAGCAUCUAUAAGGUCACAGACCGCCACGGCUUCCUGCACGAAGAGGAGCUGCCCACUCCGAGUGCAAUUGAAGAGAAGGUAUGUACUGCUGAUCACCUUUGGGUUGAUUGAAUGAUUGAUUUGAUUAUUUCUUCUGUCUUCAGCAAAAGCAUCACGAGAUAGAGCGGGUGGAGAAAUGGCUGAAGAUGGUCAAGAAGUGGGACAAGUACAGGAACAGCGACAAGAUGGUGAAGCGUGUGUACAAGGGAAUCCCCCUCCAGUUGAGAGGCCAGGCCUGGGCUCUGCUACUGGACAUAGAGAAGGUGAAGCAGGAGAACUCUGGAAAGUAUGAGACUAUGAAGGAGCAGGCCAGGAGUUUCUCUACAGAGAUCAAACAGAUUGAUCUGGAUGUCAACAGAACCUUCCGUAACAACAUCAUGUUCAUGGAACGCUUUGGAGUCAAGCAGCAGGCCCUGUUCCAUGUGCUAGCGGCCUACUCCGUAUACAAUACGGAGGUGAGCUACUGCCAGGGGAUGAGUCAGAUCGCCGCCAUCCUGCUCAUGUACCUGAACGAGGAGGACGCCUUCUGGGCCUUGUCCCAGCUCCUCACAAACAACAACCACACCAUGCAUGGAUUCUUCAUCCCUGGGUUCCCCAAGCUGCAGCGCUACCAGGCCCACCACGAGCAGAUCCUGUCCAAGCUCCUCCCCAAGCUAAAGAAACACCUGGACAGAGAGCAGAUGUCCAACGGAAUAUACACCACUAAAUGGUUCCUGCAGUGCUUCAUAGAUAGGACCCCGUUCACCCUGACCCUGCGCUUGUGGGACAUCUACAUCCUAGAGGGAGAGAGGAUACUCACAGCCAUGGCCUACACCACCCUCAAAAUACACAAGAAGCGCUUGCUGAAGCUUCCUCUGGAGGACCUGAGGGAGUUCCUCCAGGAGCACCUGUCCAGCUCAUUCUUCCUACCCGACGACGUGGUGGUGGAGCAGCUGCAGGCGUCCAUGGCCGAGCUCCGUAAGAUGAAGCUGGACCUCCCACCAUCAGCCAAGUCAGAGGAGCUGCCUAAGAAGCCCCUCGGUGAGGAGCGGCCUGUUCUCCUGAUGCCCUUUCAGCGUGAUCUAGCCCUCCCUCUGGACCAGCCCAAGACCAGUCUCCAGCCCCCGCUCCAGCUCCAGCCCCACAUAGAGGCCCACAGGCCGGACACCAUCACCCUUGAUCGCUCCUUCUGUCCUGGGGACACCCAGGACACCAGCAGCAUCCCUCGUGCCCACGACCCCCUGCGCCCCAUGCCCUCUCAGGAACCGGUGGUAGUCCACAAUCAGGCCCUGAUGCCAGAAGGGCCUAAAAUGUGUCCAGUCACCCCACCCAAGCCUCCGCCGAAGCCACAUAAGGUUGGUUCCACUCCAGGGGUGCGGGGUGUCAGGGAUAGGGUGGAGGAGUGUCCGAGUGACCAUGUCUCAGAGGUGGAGAAAGGAGGAGAAAGGAGUCUGUCUGAGGGUAGGGGUGGUAGAGUGGGGAUGGAGGCCCGAUCUGCAGGUCCAGAGACCCAGGAAGAGCCCGGUUACUGGCCUCCGCCCUACGAGCCCCCUGUUGGGGAUGUUUCCAUCACACAGUCUGGAUCAGGGUCCAAGACACUGGAGUUCCCGGAUCUACCCCCUCCACCCUUUUACUCUAUGGAAGAGAGCGCCCACACACCCCUGGGCCCCGAACCUCUAUGCUUGCGAGACGGGACCAAGGUAGGGUUGAAGUCGGACUCUGUGCCCCCCUGCUCGGCUCUUUCACUAGAGGUAGAACCCCUACCGAAGCCUAUGAGUCCGCGUCCACCUCCACCCACGUCCCUGGACCUCAUCCUGGAGGAAUCCCCAUCCUCGCGGCCCUCUUUUUCCCUCGCCUUUGCCAAGCCGUCCCCCCGAAUCACCUUCAAGCCCACUAUGUUCCCCGUGUCACUCUGCGUGCCCCAGGCGGCAGGGGACCGCCGGCCCUCAAACACUUCCCAGUACGACAACCUCUCGGAGGCUGAAGGCGAGGACUGCUUCAUGGACCGGCUGCUGGAGGUGGCCACUGCCCUGCCGCAGAGCCCCUUGCCAGGCACCAGCCCUCAGGAAACACUGGGGAUGUUCGGCCUACCACCACCACCGCCCAUACCUGAGCUAGAUGAUGACCCCUCAUCCUCCUCUCUUUUCCAUCCCCUACCGCCGCCUCCACCGGUGUUCCUCCUUUCCCUGCCCGAUACCUCCUCUCCCACCCUUCUCUCUGCCUCUCCCUCCCCCUCUACUCUUCCUACCACCUUCCCAGCCCUUCCCUCUCUUCCACAGGAGCCGGACUAUGAAGGACAGGAGGAGAGCUGGGUGGUAGACUCCAUCGUCAUCCCUCCGCCACCGCCCUGCUUCGCCGAUAGACUGGCUCCUUUCCAGUGUAGCCCUCCUCCUAACCACCACACUGGGCUCCACAGCCCAACGGACACACACAGAGCCACCACUGCCAACCAAAGCUCAAACCAGAACCAGGUCUCCUCCCAGUUACAAAAACUGCCCACGGCCCACAGGCCCCUCCCUGCCCUGCCUUCCUUCACGGCCCAGAUGCUGCUUCCGGGGCCCUCAUCUGGACAGUCGGCAGGAGAGGUCACCUCAGUGCGAUCCAACCCAGACUUUUAUAGAAUGCAUGCUGGAAGCCACCAGCUGCCCAAAUCGGUCACCUUUUAGGGUUUAUACAGUUUGAAAGAGUUUGAAAGGUAAAGAAUUUGAGACACGUGGCUGUGUGGGAACGAGACAAUGGACUGAAGAGACUGCUGCAAUUACCUACUCUGCUCAUCUAACAUACAAAGCCAUUUUGUAGGAGGGAGAGGGAAAAGCCCUUUGUGUGGUCAGUUGCUGUUUUUGGAGAGAGCAAAUUACUUUUUUCAUAGUUAUGUAUAGAUAUUUUGUGGUGUUUGCACCUUUGUAUUAAGGGCAACAAGUAGUUUUCUAAAUGUUCACCUAAAUUUGAAACCGUAGUCUUGCCUCACAUUUUGGAGGUAUUUUUAAGGUGUGUGUGCAUGUGUCUGGCAAUAUGACCAGUUGGUCUUUUCAUCAUGUAGGAAUCUGUUUCUUUCGGUUCCUUUUUCCUGUAACAGCAGUGUCUUAACCAUUGAGCAGUUUAACAUCCAAUGAAAACAGGAAUUUCUGUUCAAGAACGUAACUCAAAGGGCUUUCCAAGUUGGCAUACAGUCAUUGUGAAGCACCAAAGGCCUAUAUCCCAUACCAGUACUUAAUUUAUUUGAGCAGGCUCACAGAACUCAAUAAAAUAUAGUUAGACCAUAUGGUUAUUGAACUUAUUUGAAUGUGCUUAUACACUGCUUAAAAACAUUAUUUGUAAACUAUUUAAAUAACAUUUAUACGGCCUGUUAUUCAUGAUUUUGUAUUGAUGAAUAGUUGGCAGUUUAUACUUAAACGUAUGUUACAUACUGAACGUGAGGAAAUGACAUAUGAUGAUUUACAAGCUAUUUGUUCAUGGUUACCAAACUAUUUAAAGAUUUUGUAUAAGCAAAAUGUAUAAGCAGACCUUCUUCAAAUGAGGUGCUCUCACUAUUUAACUCUCUCUCGUUGAUAGAGCCAUGGUGCAAUAGUCAUUACUGUAUAUACUGACGCAUGUUUCAUUGAGCAUCAAGGACUUAUAGUCGAGUCCUUUUUCUUUUAUGUUAGAAGCAGUACUGUGUUGGUUUGGAUUUUGCUGGUUUUCUUUGUUUCAUCUUGUGGAUAUCGUUUGCAUUUUCCAAGGCAUUUUAUUGUGUUACUAUUAUUCCAGUUUGUUUUGAUACCUUUCUGUGACAUCACAGCAAUAACGUACUGUACAUAUUUUAUGGAGAAGGGUUAUGCACAGCACCAGUCAAAAGUUAGGACGCACCUACUCAUUCAAAGGGUUUUCUUUAUUUGUACUAUUUUCUACAUUGUAGAAUAAUCGUGAAGACAUCAAAUCUAUGAAAUAACACAUGGUAUCAUUUAGUAACCCAAAAAAAGUGUUAAACAAAUCAUUUUAGAUUCUUCGGAGUAGCCACCCUUUGCCUUGAUGACAGCUUUGCAUUCUCUUUGCAUAUUUCCCACCUUCAUGGGAAAUGCUUUUCCAUCUUGAAGGAUUUCCCACAUAUGCUUAGCACCAGUUGGCUGCUUUUCCUUCACUCUGCGGUCCAACUCAUCCCAACCCAUCUCAAUUGGGUUGAGGUCGGGUGAUUGUGGAGGCCAGGUCAUCCGAUGC